AUCCCAUCGGACAUGAGUUCAAGACGGUAGCAAAUACCACUACCUGUUGCACUUUACGGCUGGAUUUGACUUGCGACAAUACACCAAAAAAGGUUCGACGACCGGUAUCCGUAAGUCCAUCGCAACGGCGUACCAUCUGGUAGACACGGUUCAACGCUGGGCCGCACAGUUGUUGCAGAUUUGUGGUUCGGUUCACCUGGCCAAACCGCUUCACGCCGUAUAGGAAGUACCGUAUACACAAUGUUGCGUCCUUCCGUGUUUGAUGAAUACGAGAAGCAUAAAGGUGCAAUGGGUACCGCAAACAACCGCCGGGAUAAUAUGGACUCCUUCCACGAUACCAUCAAGACACAACGCUGGGAGAUGCAUACGCUGUCCUUCUCUUUUCAAGGAUUCGCUUCCCUCGAUAUGUCGUCGCUCUAUACUGAAUCGGAUUUUGGUGGUAUGAAACCCAAGUGGACAAUUGGGAGCAGAUUAAUGAACAUUUUGUUGAGCAUGUCAGUUCGUCUUCGUGGCGAGAAGCCAGUUGACAUUGGGCCAGAAACUUCACUGACUGCGCACGAAAUUCGUGCAAAAACCUCUCGAAUCUUUUACCGAGCGAUAUUGGCGCACCCCAAUUUCAACGAAUUAUUCGUUCAUCCAUGGCAAUAUGAGGUGCCGGGCCCUGUACUGACAAUGUCAUCGCUGAGACAACUCAGCUCAAGCUUCGGCGACGCCAGCGCUUUUCAACCAUGGCGAGCGGCGCAUGACGAAUUUUUCACCGAUUUAACAGUGCCAACCACUGUGUUUACCCUUUUUAACACACCUCACAACCAGGGGUAUGGCUCCUCAGCAACCUCAGUUGGUAGACUUCUAUCUCGCUUCUUGCAGUCUUUGGUUUUGGCCUCGUCCGCCAUCAAAAUCAUCGUCUUUGUAUGCUCGCUGCAACGAGUCCUUGAGAAUCGCGGAGAAUUGUUUCCAUCUGUGGUUGGCACUGUCGUCAACUUCAGCCCUCUCUAUGUGCCGGCGAGCCAGAGUAUAGUCCCAAGCAACCAACGGCCGAAGAAAGACGUGCUGUUGCGCCUGAAGCAACUAUAUAGUGAUUGA